AGGUCGGCUCUUCAUUAUAUUUUCAACCUUGUUCCUUAGUACUGCUUAUUUGCGAUUGCGACUCCCUUUAUCAGUGUUCCUCUUGACUACUAUCGACCUCUUUAGAAAAAUAGCGACAACUACUCCUGCAAACUACAGUCUACACUAGACGGUAUUUUUUGAUUCGAUUUUUUGAAAACCAAGACUGAGGACUCAGUAGUGGUUAGAUCCUUAAACUUCAUUGAAGAUGAAAAGAUGUUUGAUGGCGGAGGAAGUUUCGGGCGAGGUGUCGACCUUGGCGGCAAGAGCAAGCGAGCCGCUGGCGACCGCAAACAGUUCCUUGAGCGUCAGAGGAAGGAGAAAGAGGCGCGACAAGAACAGCAACGCAAAUUACAAGCAGCUGAGCGGAUAAAGCGGUGUCUGCGCAGCUAUGUCGUUCUCAAAUCUGAGAAAGAUUCUCAGCGAGCGCUAUUUCGCAAGCGAUUGGGCGACAUGAAGCGAGUUCUGAGUAUGCCAAAUGUGACGGUGCAAAUGAGAGCGGCGGUUGUUUUGGGACUGCAGAAGAAGAUGCUGCCUUCGUUUCUGUGGUUCUUUCGGUCGAAAGAAGAUACGGGUUUACUGGCAGAGUUACUAGAACUGAUCACGUCUACGUCUACACAGACGUCAACUAGUUCCUCGUGGGCUGACAGUGGUUGGCGGAUAUUUGCACCUGAUGGGAAUAGUACAAGUGACACCACAUCUCCAGCGUCAGCAAUAGAAUCGCCGGCUCUUAUUUCCGAUGAUUCAGUUAGCCUAUUUCGGUGGAGCAAACUGUUAUUCCUCUCUGUGGCGCAUUUGACUGAUCGUGGUGGUGCUCAGAGAAGUUGCAGUGAGGAGAUUCUGUUGCUUCUCGAACAUGUUCAAUCUGCUAAGGUUGUUGAACGCCUGUCCCGCGUUCCAGCUGUGUUUCACUUCUUGCGGGACUCAGCAAUCACCAUGGGGACCAACCCAAUGAGGAAGAAAGCGAGGGACCGAGCAAGGCUUACUAGCUUGUGGCAGAAGUUUGCGCCGUCAAAUAUUGCCUCAUCAAACAUCAGUCUAGCUUUUCUACAUGACGCAUUUGUAGCACGAACACAGGACUACUCUACAGCGAGCAAGAAAAUGCUGGUAAAAGAAGUUUUUGGUCGUGGCCGUGAAGAUGGAGGCUCCGCACCAACGAGCGCAGAUGGAGAUGGAGAUGUUUCGAUGACCCCCACAGGCACAGGAGCUGCGGAGUUACAAGAGCCAAUGUCUGGCACUAGUGCCACAACUGAUGAUCUUCAGGGAGCGACGACUUCGAGAGCAUUUCUUGACUUUCGACCACAUCCCGGAGUACGUCGAUGCAAUCCUUUAGUCGGUUUUUGUGAGUUCAUCUUCUCAGCGUUACUCUCAAAAACUCUCUUCGCCGGCAACGAUGUUGGGUGUCGUUGGCUCAGUAGCUAUUUGACGGAUAAUGGGGCGUUUUUGUCGUCGAAAACGGUUUUGCGCGAAUACCUCUUCCAUUACGUCGCCUACAGCUUUUUACCAGUAGUGAAACAGCCGUACGUUCAUGCACAUGGUGUGCAGGACAUGCUUGCGCAAUUGUCAGCCUUAUGGCUGCAACGAACAAUGGCGAGUGGAUGUUUUGCAGGAUCAGAAUCGCCUUCACCUUUUGAUCCUAAAGCGGCCGCCAGCAACGGAGCAACACCAUCGACAACAGCUUCACUGUAUCCAACCGAUUCUGUAACAGUCUCCACUUCUUCUACUGGAUCCUCGUUCCACAAUUACAACGUCAAAAACAGCACUAGCGCGGUUGGCGUCAAUUCCAAGUACCUGUCUGGCCGUGCCAACGAAAAUAUCGGAGUAGAACUAAACCGCAAUGCAGCUAGGGAAAAAGCAAGACGCGCUGUUGCUCAGCUAGCACGGUUACGUAAUGUUGGAACGGACCAUCCAAAACUGGUCCUGCUUGCUGCCACAGGCAAUCUUUGGUCAGUAUUGCAGAGUGCUGUACAUCCUAGUCUAGGAAGUCCUGCAGCUCCUAUUACCGGUGGUAACUACAGCUCCAAUUCGUCGUCCUCGUCAAUCUCCUCUACUGGAGUUUUCCAUCUUCUGGACCUCUUUUCGCUGUUAGUGGAUCCAGAAUACGACAGCAAAAAACUAAAGAUAGGCGAAUAUAUGGAUGCUGACUUACGAAUCCAGCUUUCCCUAAAGGAAAGGCGUGACUUCGUCAAAUCCUUAUCAGAAAAGUGCAGUCUCGAUGACUUUCUGCUCUGCUAUUUCGGCAGUGACCUUGCUUCUCCUCCGCAUGACUCGGUGUUGUCCGUGCUAGCCUUUUCGUGCAAGUCCUUUGUAACGGAUUUAGCGAGGAAAGUUUUACAGAAAAGCGCAGAUACGUGGGCAAGGGAGGUAUUGCAGAAGAUAGCAGAAGCAGCAGGGGAAGGCGGCGGUGGUGCAACAACUAUAGGAGGUGUCGUCGGUACUACCUCAACAGGUGGUUCUAGAAACGAUUUGCAGAUCGGAGGUAGUUCUUCUAGUUCAUCCGGAGGUGGUGCUGGUGGACAUCAGGGACGAGAUCUUGCACAAAAUAUGACUCAGAGUAGUUUUACCAGUAACACCCUCUACAUCCUUCCUUUCGCUUGCGUUUUCCGCGUUCAGGCAACAGUCAUGUAUGACACCGAGUUUUUUUCUGCUGAAAAGAACUGUCUGUUUCCGCAUUUAGACCAGUUGGCGACACUAGUGAAUCGCUUCGCUUUUCUGGUUCUCCAAGAUGUCGAGAAUCAUUUUAUGAGUGCUGAUUCAGGACGCGGUGGUCGCGGAGGGCCGUUCGCUCCAGCACCUCCAAGACGAAAACGUGGUGGAAGUUGGACAGAUGGAGGUGGGGAUUCUGAUAGCGAAGAACAUGAUGGGUCAUUGUCGGAUGAAGAUGCUGAUUUGUACAGGAGUCUGUCUGGAAAUAAAGCAGGAGGUGGGAGUAUGGGUUUGGGUAGUGGGAAUGGUAUUAGCCCAGGAAGUGGGAUGCCGCAAACCUCAGGAGAUGGGAGCACUGUUCAAGACGCAAGUAGAAUGGACAUCGACCAAGAAGGCGCUAUACUAGGCACAGUCGUUGACAAGUUCGGCUUCACUGACUUCAAGAACCAACCACGUCGUAACUUUGGCAGGUUACCACUCUUCUGCCUGGUACAGGACAAAGUCUGCUCGUUGGCUAGGACACUCUACGACAGAUUCAGACGACGUGAUGUUGAACGGGAACUACAAACGAACGCGACUUCUAGCACAACGAGUGCUUAUACUACUGCAAGGGGUGGAGUAACUUCUUCGUCAACCUCUUCAUGGACGAUCGCGUUUAGUGGUGGUAGUUGCCGACGCUCAAACUUGGUCUUGACAGAGUUGCCUCAUUGCAUACCAUUCGAGGACAGAGUUUCAUUCCUCCAAGAGUGGAUCCGCCAAGAUCAGGAAAACCGUAGCAAUGUGCGGUCACCGUUUUUUGCCAUGCAAGGGACAAGAGCAAACAUUCGGCGCACACACAUAGUGGAGGAUGGCUUCACAGCAUUUCAGAUGAUGAACGAGGACCAAUUGAGAGGAGCAUUUCGGGUUGUGUUUAUAGUUAAGGCGAAAGGCCGUGAGCGUGAUUCUCAUUCUGAUUCAUAAAGUUGAAAUGAGUAGUAAUUCGGCCAAUAGAAACAGUUUGACUGAACAAAGAUUUAAAUCUUUUCUGAAAGAACUCAACAAUUCUUAAGGAGACGAUAAAUUUGCAUCAUUUUUAUAUACAUGCUGAUAGACCUAAUCCUUAUGCCAACGGCGAAACCGAGUCCGGCAUCGAUGGAGGCGGUCUAUUCAAGGAAUUCCUUCUAGACCUGAGCCGUACUGCUUUUGCUCCCGAUCGAGGCUUGUUUCGGGAAACAGGAGAACGGAAGUUAGCGCCUAGACCUCUACGAGAAGCCACGCUCGUGUACGAUAGCGAGAAUAUGGCGUUGCAGAUGUUCUACUUUCUGGGUAAAGUCGUAGGAAAAGCAAUCUACGAAAACUGUCUGUUGGAGCCACAGUUUAGUAGAACGUUCUUGAACUUGCUCUUGAACAGACCGAAUACGUUGGACGAUGUACUUUUAAUAGUUACGGUGUUCGUGUUAAAGCUAGUACAGCUCUUGUGAUUUUAGUAGAAUACUACUUUUGAUGAGUUAGUCAUUGACUUUGGCGCAACCACUUAUUAGACUCUGUUCUUUUCAACCAUGAUGAGCGCCUCUACAUUUUCGUAUUCACCGUCAGUCUUCCACUCACUUCCACAACAUCUUAUACGUCAGCUCUUCGCCCUUGAUCGAGACUUUGCGAGAAAUCUGAUUCAAACGAAGGAAAGUGACGUCUCUGAAUGGGGUUUGUAUUUCUGUAUUGACGAUAGCGAUCUCGUCUCAGGUGGGGCAAAUGCGAUGGAUGCUAGUAUCGAUCUCAUGCCCAACGGCCGCAACAUCCCGGUCACAGAGGAGAACAAGAUCUCCUAUAUACAGCGUCUCGCCUACUACAAAACAACGACGGAACUGGAGAGACAGUCGAGAGCGUUCAAGGAAGGGAUGCUGUGCGUAUUGGACAGACACUGGCUGCAGCAGUUCGACCCGUACGAGUUGAAUUUUUUGAUAUCUGGAACACCCGAUCUGAAAUUCGGGGAUCUGGAAGGCUGCUGCACGUACGCGGGAGGAUAUACGGAGCGGUCGGAGGUACCUAGUUUGAGAAUUGCAGUUGAGUACAAAUUUGACGAUUUCUUAGUCACAAGUGGCACCGAGGCUUAGCCUUCAGAAAGUUUUGGUAUCCGUAUCGCUAUUCCUAAUCUGAGGAAAUACAGUAAUAAAUUGUAUUCAUUCACCCUUUACCUUCAAUCAGGUCAUUCUCUGGUUCUGGCAGAUAUUGCAUAAUGAUUUUGAUCAUGAGCAGAAGGGCAAAUUCCUUCAGUUUGUUACCAGUUGCAGUAGGGCGCCGCUUCUAGGCUACGCGAGCCUUCACUUAUGGAGAGUAGUUUGAUCACUAUCACGUUCAUUUAUUAGAUUUAGAAGAUGUGGAACGUCAUUUCUAAUUUGAACAUCAUUGAUGUCGUCAUUCAUUAGAAGAACUUCUUCGAGUAUAUUUUGGAUUGCCUAGUAUGAUGAUGUUGCGCACUCUAAUCGGUCCUCCUUUCUGCAUACACCGAGUGCCAGAUAACGAGCGGCUUCCUACCGCAUCAACGUGUGCGAACCUGUUGAAGCUACCUGACUACAGCAGUUACACCAGAUUGCGGGAGAAGCUGUUGCAGGCUAUCUAUCAAGGUGAAGGCUUUCACUUGUCUUAAGAGUUUUUCAAGUGAGGUUCACAUUGACUGCUAUUCCUUCGUUUCGGGAAAGUCGUCCUCGUCGAGAAGUCAAAUGAUAUAUUGAUAAGGUUCAACCAAGCAGUAUCCCCGCCUCCUCACAAGAAUCACAUAGAGCCGCCUCGUAUACAUAGCGUGGUUAUUCCGAAGUCGAAGUCGGGCAGUUUCCUUGUCCUUGAGCAUCCCACAUAGAGUAUCCCAAAUAUUAGAGCACACCGGUAGUGGUAUGUUUUUGCCAUGAACUCUCUCUCUUGUAUCCCUUUGAGUGGUCGUAUGUUGAUGAGUCUGAUCAUCGUGACGUCAUGUUGGAACUACUGAUCGUGACGCGCAAAGAACUGGAAAACGGAUUAGUAAGAGGAGUCGAUCACAGCACCAGGGUGUAUUGCAAAACUCGAU